AAAGAAUCCUACCACCCAUUCAUUAAUUCAUUUCAAGCUUUUACUAACUUUUAUCCAAUUCAUGUCAAAUGCAUCACGACUUCUUAAAAACCUCAGUUUUCCAUCACUCUACAGAUCUCCACAUUCCGCCAUUUCCACAGCUCCUAAUAAUAAACCCAUAACCUCCAUGGAAGUAGAAGUCAAGCUCCGUUUACCAAACGCCGUUUCCCACCAACGCGUCUCCUCAAUUCUUUCACCUUACCACCUCAAAACCCACGCCCAGGAAAACAUCUUCUUCGACGGAGCCAACUCUGAACUCUCCUCCAAACUCGCCGUCCUCCGCCUCCGCUUCUACGAUCUCGACGCCCAAUGCAUUGUCUCCCUCAAGGCUAAAGCCGUCAUUUCAAACGGUAUAAGUCGUAUUGAAGAAGAUGAAGAACCUAUUGACCCUUCUAUUGGCCGCGCGUGUGUUUCAGACCCCUGGCGGCUUUUAUUGAUUGAUUCUUCGCGGGUGAUUCAAAGGGUGAAAGAUGAGUAUGGAAUUGGGGAAAAGCAGGGUUUGAUUUGUUUGGAUGGGUUUCGGAAUGUGAGAGCGGUGUAUGAGUGGAAAGGAUUGAAAUUGGAGCUUGACGAAACGCAUUAUGAAUUUGGAAUGAAUUAUGAGAUUGAAUGUGAGAGUUCGGACCCGGAAAGAGCCAAGGAUUUGCUAGAGAAGCUUUUGAAGAGUCAUGGUAUUGAGUAUUCCUACUCUACUGUUUCUAAAUUUGCCAUUUUUCGCUCUGGAAAAUUGCCUCAGUAAGUCAUACUAGUACAAUGUUAUGUUAGCUUCUUUAGAAACACUAUAUUGCGAUUGUUGUACUUCAAUUUAUUGGAAGCAAAAUUUAGACUUCUCAAAAGCUAAUGGGUUCAGAGUUCAGUUCUGGAAAGAUUAUUCAGUCUUUUUUAAUGGAGAACGUUGACCAUGAUUAGCACAUGAAUUAGGACUCUCGUAGUGAGAUUAUAUUUAGAUGGCUUUAAGAGAUAUUGUGCAAAAGCUGAUAAUAUGCUAUAAUCUGGUAGUCUUAACAGAUAGAGUCAUCCGGUAGGAGAUAGCAAGUCUGGUGCAUCGGUUUGGACACUAAAAAGAAAAUUCUUAAGCUUCA